AUGAACAACGUUAAUGUCUACGAAGCAAUUUAAUAAAGAGUUUCCGGUAUAUUUGAACCUAAAAACAAUUAUUCCUCCCUAAGAACCCAAGAGUAACCAGAGAAUGGAUUUCCAAGUUUCGUACUUUUUCUCUACGAGCUAAAAACGAGAAUUAAUGAUUAUUAGAUUGAUAGAAAUGAAUAAAGCAAGAAAUUCAUUAUUUUUUUGAUCGUUGACUUUGCAAUCUUACUUUACUCAUUCUCUGAAGUAUCACCUGCUAAAUUUGGAGGUGUCUAUUGCUACCUAUUUCUGUUUUUCCUUGGGAUGUAUCUUCUAAGCAAAUUCAUUUAAUAUGGUACAAGAAGGAUGUCUGAAUAUAUGGGGAAAAUAAGAACAGUCUUGAUAAUCUCAUUCUUGAUAUUGGUGGGUAUCAGACUAUUUUUUUUCAAUAGAAUCUAUAACAGCUGCGCUAAUUGGAAAACAGGUAUUUCUUAAGGCAUUGAUGAAAGCCGUCGCGACUCUUGUAAUUUAGCAAACCUUAAGUACUGUCCUUAUGAAAUCACUGAUGAUAUAGUAGACUUAUCAGCAAUUUUUUCUAUGUUCAAUUGUGAGAACUUUGUUUACAGACUAAUAUUGAUUUAAAAGUACUACCCCUAUUCACCAGGCCACUUCUAUGCUCAUCCUUUGACCAAAUACUUUAAUGAUACAUAGAGACAUGCAGAUAAAUUUCCAACAUAGGUUUUGUUAAAUACAAAAGGAUAUAUGACAUUAUAGGAAGCAUUAGAUAAUAAGCAUGAAGUAAUCAUAGAUAUUGAUAGUGGUUAAAUGCACACGAGUGUUUAGAGAAAUGAGACACUAGUAGAAGAAAGAAGAGAAAUUAGAAAGAAUUAAAACAGAGGGGAUCUUUAAUAGCAUAUGCUUCUAGUUUUCAUAGACACUUUGUCUCGCCCAAGACUUCAUGUUAAGAUGCCAGAAACCGUUUAAUUUCUAAGGGAAAGAGACCAUAAAGAAUUUAUGAGACUUCAUGCGAUUUGGACUAGAACUUAGGAGAACGCUCUAGCAUUAUUGUAUGGGAUUGUAGAAGAUGAUCUUGUAAAUACUACCAGAGACCACAACGACAAAAAUUCUUCAAAAUGGAAAAAGCCAGAUGUGAAAUUGGAUUCUAUCUUUGAUUAUUUUCAUAAUCAUGGAUUUAUAACAGGUUAUUCAGCAAAUACAUGUGAGACUAACAUUUUCUAUUGGAGAGAAUUUUUCUAUGAGUAUGUUAAGAAUACUGCUCCUGACCAUGAGCAUCUCACUCCUACCUGCGAUCCUCAUUUAAGAGAGCCUACAUCUGACGAUAUGGAUUUUGUGAGCUCAUAUGCGUCUGCUAGGCGGUGUGUAUACCACCGAGAUUCAUCUGAGUACAUGAUGGAUUAUUAUAAGGAGUUCAAAAAAGCCUAUCAGAGCGAGAACACUAUAUUCUUGAUGAAUUUUAUGGAAACUCAUGAGGGAACAGGCGAGGUUAUAGAUUAUUUAGACAAACCAUUAGCUAAAUUCCUUAAAGAGAUGGAAGAUUAGAAUACAGCCCUGAUAUUAUUUAGUGAUCAUGGAUUGCAUAUGUCUGGCUUUAAGUUAGGGCUUGGAGGAGAUUAAGCAGAGAUCGAGCGCUAUUACCCCUUCCUAAUAACUUCAAAUAUUCGAGGAUUAUCUAUGGAACACGAAAGAAAUCUUGACUUCAAUACACAAAAAGUAGUUACUCACUUGCAUCUUAGAAAUUUUUUAAUGUACUGGGCAUCAGGAUAAGUGAACGGAGAAAAGAUGAACCUUAUCAAUUAAUUACCGCACGAUAAUGAUAGAUAAUUAUGUGAUUGGAUAGGAUAUAAAUGCAUUUGUGAUAAUUUCCCAAAAACUGAUAGAGCAAUGUACAUUGAAUGGUGA